AUGGCAGAGACCAAGCGGCCGGUAGGCCUUCUCUUCGACAUUGGGGGAGUUUGCGUUGUUUCUCCAUUCCAGGCUAUCUUGGACUAUGAGAUUUCGCAGAACAUCCCUCCAGGCUGGGUCAACUUCAGCAUUUCGCGGACAUCGCCCAACGGGAGCUGGCAUAAGCUUGAGCGCGGGCACAUCCCAAUGGAUGCCAAGUUCUUUGCCGGAUUCAACGAUGACCUCCGGAAUCCUGAGCUGUGGAAGGAAUUCCAUGAGCAGCUAGCGAAAAAGAAGGGCCAGACCCCAGGUCCCGUUCCCCCACUGCCGAAAGUGGAUGCAGAGUGGCUCUUCUGGGAGAUGAUGAGGAUAUCCCGCACCCCGGACCCAUACAUGUUCCCGGCACUUCAGAAGCUGAAGGCAUCAGGGCAGUAUCUUAUGGGUGCUCUCUCCAACACCGUGAAGUUCCCCGAUGGCCACGCAUACAACAACGACGUAUCCGGAGUGCGAUCGCAGUUUGACUUCUUCAUUUCGUCCGCACAUACCGGGCUUCGCAAGCCAGACCCGAAGAUCUAUCAAGUGGCAAUUCAGGAAAUGAACGCUUUGGCGAAGCAGCGCGGGUUGCCCGAGAUUCAGCCGUCAGAUAUUGUCUUCUUCGAUGAUAUUGGCGAGAACUUGAAGGGAGCUAAGAGAGCUGGCUUGCGUACUGUUAAGGUUACUCUGGGCAGAAUCGAAGACGCCGUGAAGGAGCUCGAGAAGAUCACUGGUUUACCAUUGCUCGAGGGCGACGGUCGAGCCCGACUGUGA